AUGGUGGUGGUUCAUGGAGUGUCUGUGACUCCAGGUGUCGUCGUCUCACGCUUCCCUCUUCCUCUGUCUUCUUCUUCUUCCUCUGCGCGACCUCUCAACACCGGCUUUAAUGGAAAUUCAAGUGUCUCUUUCUUCCUGAAGAAACGCCCUCUCUCUCGGAAGAUCUUUGCUGGGAAUCAAUCUGCGGAGUUUGACUCUAAGUCAAAAGCCUUCGCUGCGUCAGAGAAAGUCUUAGUACCUGGUAAUAUUGAUGAUGAUGCUUCAAUGGUGACUGAAGGUCCUAGCAGUUUCUCAGAAGAAUCACAGAUAUUGAAUCUAGAAAGUCAAACAAUGGAAGAGAAUGGGGGAGCAAGAACAAAAGACCAAGCUUCUGUAUUUGAUUCGAGUAAAGGUUACAGUAAUGAGAGACUCGUUAAGGAGAAAGAAGGGAAACCAAGAACGGUUCCUCCACCUGGUGAUGGGCAGAGAAUAUAUGAGAUAGACCCCAUGUUGCGAAGUUACAAGGAUCAUCUUAAUUACCGUUAUGGACAGUACAAAAGAUUGCGUGAGGAAAUAGACAAGUUUGAGGGUGGUCUGGAGGCAUUCUCUCGUGGCUAUGAAAAGUUAGGAUUUUGCCGCAGUGAUGCUGGUAUAACUUAUAGAGAGUGGGCGCCUGGAGCUAAGUCUGCAUCACUUAUAGGAGAUUUCAACAACUGGAAUCCUAAUGCAGAUACCAUGACUCGGAAUGAAUUUGGUGUUUGGGAGAUCUUUUUGCCCAACAACACUGAUGGUUCGCCUGCUAUUCCCCACGGCUCACGUGUUAAGAUUCGUAUGGAUACACCAUCUGGCAUUAAAGACUCAAUUCCUGCUUGGAUCAAGUUCUCGGUGCAAGCUCCUGGUGAAAUCCCAUUCAAUGGUAUAUACUAUGAUCCUCCAGAAGAGGAGAAGUACGUAUUCAAACAUCCUCAACCAAAGAGACCUAAGUCGCUGAGGAUUUACGAGGCACAUGUUGGCAUGAGUAGCACGGAACCAAUGAUCAAUACUUAUGCUAACUUCAGAGAUGAUGUGCUUCCACGGAUCAAAAGGCUUGGCUAUAAUGCUGUUCAAAUCAUGGCUAUACAAGAACAUUCAUAUUAUGCCAGUUUUGGGUACCAUGUCACAAACUUUUUUGCCCCUAGCAGCCGUUGUGGGACCCCAGAGGAACUAAAAUCACUGAUAGAUAGAGCUCAUGAGUUAGGCCUGCUCGUUUUGAUGGAUAUCGUUCAUAGCCAUGCUUCAAAAAACACGUUGGAUGGACUGAACAUGUUUGAUGGAACUGAUGCUCACUACUUCCACUCUGGACCUCGAGGUUACCAUUGGAUGUGGGACUCACGUCUUUUCAAUUAUGGGAGCUGGGAAGUAUUACGAUAUCUCCUUUCAAACGCACGCUGGUGGCUAGAAGAAUACAAGUUUGAUGGAUUUAGAUUUGAUGGUGUUACCUCAAUGAUGUAUACUCACCAUGGACUCUCGGUUGGAUUUACUGGAAAUUACACUGAGUACUUUGGAUUGGAAACUGAUGUGGAUGCUGUGACUUAUCUGAUGCUGGUAAAUGAUAUGAUUCAUGGUCUCUACCCUGAAGCGGUUACCGUUGGUGAAGAUGUUAGUGGCAUGCCAACAUUCUGCAUUCCUGUCCAAGACGGUGGCGUUGGAUUUGACUACCGUUUACACAUGGCCAUAGCUGAUAAGUGGAUAGAAAUUCUCAAGAAGCGAGAUGAAGACUGGAAAAUGGGUGACAUAAUUUACACGCUUACCAACAGAAGGUGGUCAGAGAAGUGUAUUGCCUAUGCUGAAAGUCACGACCAAGCGCUUGUUGGUGAUAAAACUAUUGCCUUCUGGUUAAUGGACAAGGAUAUGUACGAUUUCAUGGCAGUAGACAGACCAUCAACCCCUCUCGUCGACAGAGGAAUAGCUUUGCACAAAAUGAUUAGGCUUAUAACAAUGGGACUAGGAGGUGAGGGAUACUUAAAUUUUAUGGGGAACGAAUUCGGACAUCCAGAGUGGAUUGACUUUCCCAGAGGCGAGCAGCGUCUUUCUGAUGGGAGCGUGAUUCCUGGGAACAAUUUCAGUUAUGACAAAUGCCGUCGCAGAUUUGAUCUCGGAGAUGCGGAUUAUCUCAGAUACCAUGGACUGCAAGAAUUUGAUCAAGCAAUGCAACAUCUUGAAGAGAAAUACGGCUUUAUGACUUCGGAGCAUCAAUUCAUAUCAAGGAAAGACGAAGGAGAUAGAGUAAUCGUAUUCGAAAGAGGUGAUCUUGUCUUCGUCUUCAACUUCCACUGGACCAGCAGCUACUUUGAUUACCGCAUUGGUUGCUCCAAGCCCGGGAAAUACAAUAUCGCAUUGGACUCGGACGAUCCUCUGUUUGGUGGAUUCAGUAGACUCGAUCGCAAGGCAGAGUAUUUCACAAAUGAUGGCUCAUACGACGGACGGCCCUGCUCCUUCAUGGUCUAUGCACCUUGUAGAACCGCCGUGGUUUACGCUUUAGCAAACCACGGUGACGAUGUUUAG